AUGUCUACCACUACUGUUGGACCGGCCUCAACUGGCCAGACGCUCGAGAAGAAACCUGUCAAGUUCAGCAACCUGUUGCUGGGUGCGGGAUUGAACAUGUUUGAGGUCACCACUUUGGGACAGCCGCUGGAAGUGAUCAAGACGACCAUGGCUGCAAACCGCGGCGACAGCUUCGCCGGCGCUAUGGCUCGGAUUUGGGGUCGUGGCGGGAUCCUCGGCUACUAUCAAGGUCUCAUUCCGUGGGCCUGGAUUGAGGCCUCUACCAAAGGUGCUGUCCUUCUCUUCGUGGCGUCCGAGGCGGAGUUCCGUGCUAAGGUUCUCGGUGCCCCCGACUUCCUCGCUGGUAUUACCGGAGGUAUGGCCGGAGGUGUUGCUCAGGCAUACGCAACAAUGGGCUUCUGCACUUGCAUGAAGACAGUCGAGAUCACUAAGCACAAAAUGGCUGCCCAGGGGGUAAAGCCCCCGAGUACUUUCGCGACCUUCAUGGACAUUUAUCGUAAGGAGGGUAUUCGUGGUAUCAACCGUGGUGUCAAUGCAGUCGCCAUUCGCCAGACUACGAAUUGGGGCUCCCGAUUCGGUCUCUCCCGUUUGGCGGAAUCGGCAAUCCGGAAGGUCACUAACAAGGACGAAGGCGAAAAGCUCAAUGCCUUAGAGAAGGUGGUGGCUUCGGGUCUUGGUGGUGGCCUCUCUGCUUGGAAUCAGCCUAUCGAGGUGAUUCGGGUCGAGAUGCAGAGCAAAACUGAAGAUCCCAACCGGCCCAAAAAUCUCACUGUGGGAAAGACCUUAAGGUAUAUCUACGAUACGAACGGAAUCAAGGGUCUUUACCGUGGCGUCACUCCUCGGGUGGGACUAGGCAUUUGGCAGACUGUUUGCAUGGUGGCUCUCGGUGACAUGGCCAAAGAAGCGGUCGAAAAACUGACAGGCGAUGAAGUCACUGGGAAGCAUUAG